AUGGAAAACCAGGACAGUACCCCACGCUGGCUCUCAAUCACCGGGAAACCUCUUCCCCGCCUGGAUCACCCUAAUGGCAUGCCAGGAAGGUGUCGGAACAUAAAGGACUUCCAAUUUCUUAAUCAGCUCGGUGAAGGGACCUACGGGGUAGUUCACCGUGCACAGGACCAUAAAAACAAUAAGGUCGUCGCCCUCAAACAGGUCCGAAUCUUCGACUCGGACCGUGGUAAUGGCAUUCCCAUCACCGCUCUUCGCGAAAUAUCAAUUCUCAAAUCCCUCCGCCACAAUAACGUCGUCAAUGUCUUAGAUGUGGCCGUGGGGACGGAGCUGGACGACGUCUACAUGGUCAUGGAGUAUGCUGAGCAGGAUUUGGCAAACCUUCUUGAUCAUGCAAGAGUUAAAUAUUCCGAGAGCGAAGUAAAAUGCCUUAUGAAACAGCUACUGGAAGGGUUGGAGUACCUCCAUAAGCAUGAUAUUAUUCACAGAGACAUAAAAAUGUCCAAUCUCCUCCUCACUGCCAAAGGUGUUCUAAAAAUAGCCGAUUUUGGUAUGGCCCGCGAGUACUCCGCUCGCCCCCUCACUCCUGGCGUCGUAACUGUGUGGUAUCGGGCCCCAGAACUCCUCCUCUCCGCAACCCGUUACACCUCCGCUGUCGAUAUCUGGUCCGCGGGUUGUAUUAUGGGUGAAUUGAUCACUCAACUUCCUCUUCUUCCCGGGGAGACAGAGCUUGAACAGUUCGCUCUCAUUGUCAAGUUACUCGGGUCGCCUUCCGACAAAAUAUGGCCCAAGAUGCGGCUCCUCCCCGGUAUCUAUGAUCGUGGCCGCAUAGCCCCUGACGAUGUCUCUGUGGGCGGUGCUAGAGGCAGAUAUGUCCCUCCUCCCGUUGGAGCGCAGAGGGAGAAUAUGUUGGAGCGCCGUCUCGUCGGACAGACUAAGGAAACAAUUAGGGUCAUAAACGAAAUGUUGACGUUUGACCCUGAGCGUAGGAUUACUGCAAGUGAUGCUUUAAGGGAGCGGUAUUUCACGAGGGAGAUGCCGCCCCCGCAGAGACCAGAACUAAUCCAGACAUUCCCGGAGAUUCGAAACGAGAGUGAUAUUGGCGCAAGGAAGGGCGCGGAGGGCGCGGGUGGAAAGCGAAAAGGGAAGGAACAAGGCGGGGGGUAUGUUUUCGAUUUUGGAGAUGAUUUUGGCGUGAGGAAAAAGCAUAGGCAGCUCGAGAGACGCGAUUGA